UCAGGCAUACACAAAUAGAACGCUCUGCAGACGUUGGACGUGUGAUGACUACUCUUUACCCAAACAGUUUAAAAUCUGAAUAAAACGCUAUACGAUAAUAGUAUGUGUAAGUUAGUAUACUAUUGUAAUAAGUAGUAGUAGUAGUAAGACUUGAUAUUCAUAUAAAAAGCAACUUAAGUGACGUUAGUUAGCGUUACAUGCUAACACAAACAACAUCAGGGUCACUGUCGGACAGUGGAGGAGGGAACAUGAACAGCGUUGGCCGACAGAGGGCAGAAAUGUCUACCGGUACUUACCCGUAUACAAUAAAUAGGAUAGAAGAAGAUACUAAUGAUGCUGCCUGUGACCACUGCCUCUCGAUAGCACUCACAACCUACCGACCUUACGACGUAUCGCUGUCAUGCUUAGUGUUGGGUAAAUAGUUAACAGGAAGGACGUGCAGUACGCCAGCUAAGGGUCCCCUCAAAAGGGGACAUCGGAGCCAUGGCAACGGCGCAGUCUGCCGUAACGUUUGCGGUGUGCAUCCUCAUGAUAACAGAGCUGAUACUUGCCAAGAAGGACUACUAUGAUAUACUGGGAGUGCCUAAAGAUGCUACUGAGCGACAGAUAAAGAAGGCUUUCCACAAGCUUGCGAUGAAAUAUCACCCAGAUAAGAACAAGAGCCCAGACGCUGAAGUGAGAUUCAGGGAAAUUGCUGAAGCUUAUGAAACUUUAUCAGAUGAAACCAGAAGGAGAGAAUAUGACCAGUUUAGUGACACCUCUGCGUACUUCGCUGGGGAGACACGAGGAAGACGUAGACAGGGUGCCCACCAACCUUACUCCUUCAACUUUGAUGACAUUUUCAAGGACUUUGACAUCUACAGUCAGAACAGGCACGCCCGUCACCGAAGACACUUUGAGGAACACUCCAGGUCCCACAAGGAGUCCCACAGCAGACAUAAGAGACACUUUCAAGGAGGUUUUGGUGCUGGUAUCUUCGAUGACGUGUUUGAUGACAUAGAGAAAAUGUUUACCUUUGACGGACACACCACACAGACUGAAAACAGGUUUCAUGGUGCAUCAAAACAACACUGUAGGACAGUGACACAGCGCAGAGGAAACAUGGUAACCACAUACACAGACUGUACUGCAUCUUAAGGUGCAAGGUAAAAUGACCUCUGACUCAAAAUGGCCUUAAGGGGAUACAAUACUGUUGUAUUGAUUUGGUAAUGGAAAGCCACUUGGUUCAAAUGCUGUGAAAUUUGAACAGUGACAUCAAUAUCUGACAUUCAGGCACAAAAUGACAGUGACCACUCAGUUUACGUAGCUUCAUUCAAAUAAGUUAUAUUUUGUUCAAGCUAUUCCUCGUGUGUGCUCAUGGACUUGUACAUGAUUGUAGUAGUUUUUCACUUAUUGUUAAAGUAAGCGGGCAGCGAGUAUUUUGAAGCACCUUUUUCGAUAGUGGGAUUUGUUACGUUUUACUGUUUUGGAAAAAUAAAACAAUCAUAUGGAAUUUGGCACAGGAAUAUCAACGUGUCAGUUCAUCACUACUUUUACCUUUGUUCUUUUGUACAGUUUUUAGUUUCUUUUGUGUAGGUUUUGCCAUUGUGGGUCUCAAAACACAAGUGAAGCUAGAAACAAUAGCAGCCAGCGGAGUUUUGCUUAUGGUUGUGAAAUGGGGAGCAAUGUCAACAAAGUCUGUGACCCUCCACAUGUUGGCUUGUUUAACUGGUGUUUGUUCCACAUCUUGUUGAAAUAUUCAUGUCCUCGAUGCUGUCAGUCACAUUUUUUGAACAUCUAUAUAUUUAAGCAUUUGUGGUUAAAUCUCCAUUUAUUCAAUUGUAAAGAAAAUACAGGUAGAAAAGAGGUAUAAGUAAAUGGAGAAAUGUUUGCGAUAUCUGCAGGGGUGGGAUGAAGACUGAUUUGUUUGCCUUUCAAUUAAUACAACUAAGUGUGAAUCCUAUAAUGUUCAAUUGUUUGUGGUAUUUUGAUAUUUAGUUAUUUAUAUUGAGGCCAUCUUUAUUAUUAAAAAGCCUCAAUCAAUUUUGAAUUCAGAAUCACGCUUUCACUUAUAUUUUAUUAUAGUAUGAAAUCUGAAUUUAUAAUUACAAUGCUUGAAAUUUAACCAAAAAUCAUCAAAUAUAGGUAUUUAAAAGCAUUUGACUGGCAUGUCAGACAAACUACAAAGAAUUUUCUAUGUGUAAACCUGUAAACUGUUAAUGAACUGUAAGCUGACUACAGUACAUACUAGAGGUUUCAUUACUAAGAAUCUUACUAGUCACAAAGGUUUGUAUUUUUUAACAAUGGAUAUAAGUGUAAUGUGCAGGAAUAUUUUAAAUUGACGUAAAAUGUAAGAAUACUGCAGUGCUACAAUGCUGAAGAACAAAUGUAUGUAUAAAUAUAUACAAGCAUCAAUGUUUAGCAUAUUGUAUGAAUAUUGUGAUGGCUAUGACUAGUUGAUGAAACCCCUGGUACAUACUGUUCUCCUAAUAUAUCAUUUGUUACCUCAAACCUGAACUCUAUACAGUGACAUGCUCCUUUCACACUGUAGCGUGCAAUAUUAAAUUACUAGUGUUGUAAAUAUUCAAUGGCACUUUUCAAUUUUAUAUCAUUUUAAAGAAUGUGUUUUUAGAAAUAAAAAUUAGAGACCAAACUGA